CCCUUAAGAAGAACAACAAGCGAAUUAGUCUUUGUUUAAAAAUUAAGCGAAAAACAUGAUAAAAAAUAUAAUUGUUGGUUUAGUGGUCCUCGGGAUUUGCUGGAACGUUAACUGCUCGACAAGUGGCCUAUCGGCUACUGCUAACUUGGCCGAUGUUAUCUUAAAAUCCACUUACGCACUAGAAAACAAUCCUGGCCUAACUGCCCAAUGUUUCCAGACUUAUAUGCCAAAAAUUAAUGACUUGACCCAACAAUACGAGCAAGCUUACAAUGGUUGUCUUAAUCUCACCACUGAGGCUGAGGAUAAAUUAAAACAACAAGUUCAAGAUGAUAUCGAUUCCAUCCAAAAUGUUACUAAAACCAUGUGUUCCAAUUUCGAAAAUUGUUCCUUGUCUACGGAUUCAUUGUAUGAAACCUUUGAAUGCUACUACAAUGUGGCUGGUAAUAAUAUUCAAAGUGCCUUUGAAGUUCAAAACAUUUCCAAGGACAAAAUGAAAUUUGUUCAAAUUAAUGAAGAAUACAUUAUGUACAACCAGACUGUGUGCACCGACGAGUGCUCUCGUGUCUAUGUUGAAGAAACCUCUAAAGUUCACGCUGACUUGGAAGCCUGUUUGGCUGGUAAAGCCCCUCAAGAGACUACUACUCCUGCUAAACCACUUGCUCCUGCUCAACCAGUAACUACUGCAGCUCCUGAUGUUAAGGUACCAGAAACUACUAAGGCACCUGAGGUUACCACUGUGAAAAUAGAAACAGCUCCAGUAAUCACCACUACAAAAAACCAAAAAACAUAUUGAACAGCAAUAUUUUGUUAUAAUAUGCAUCGUCAUAUAUGGACUGUAUCUACUGUUUCGGACAAGUCUAAAAUAGUUUGCCUUUAACUUUUUCAAUAGAACCAAUAGACGUUAAGUAAAAAUUUCCUCAAAGUGUAUUUUACCGCAACAAAUAAAUCGCAUAUACAUUUUAUGACAGCAAAA